GGAGCGGGGGCGGCCGAGCGGCGGGCGACGGGGGCGGGCGACGCGGGCCGCGGCACGGGCGGAGCCGGGGCCAUGGAGCCGCCGCUGCCGGGCUAGGCAGGUCCUGCCCCGCCAGGCCCGCGGCAAUGUCGGGCUACCCGCGCCGCCCGGGCGCCACCCCGCUGUCCCGAGCCCGGAGCCUCGCCAUUCCCGACGCUCCAGCGUUCUAUGAACGCCGGUCUUGUCUCCCCCAGCUAGACUGUGAGCGCCCCCAUGGCAGGGACCUGGACUCCCCCUUUUUCGGCAUUCGGCCGGCCUUUAUGUGCUAUGUGCCCAGCCCGGUGCUGGUUUCCGUGGGAGACACAGAUUUUGGCUAUGGAAAGGGGAAAUGUUCUAAGCAGAGCCCGUCAGGAGCCCACGGGACACGUUUUGGAGAUGACAGAUUUGAAGAUCUUGAAGAGGCAAAUCCAUUCUCCUUUAAAGAGUUUUUGAAGACCAAGAACCUCGGCCUGUCAAAAGAGGAUCCAGCCAGCAGAAUUUAUGCAAAGGAAGCCUCGAGGCAUUCACUGGGACUUGACCACAACUCCCCACCCUCCCAAACCGGGGGGUAUGGCCUGGAGUAUCAGCAGCCAUUUUUCGAGGACCCGACAGGGGCUAGUGACCUCCUGGAUGAGGAGGAGGAUGAGGACACUGGAUGGAGUGGGGCCUACCUGCCAUCCGCCAUCGAGCAGACUCACCCCGAGAGAGUCCCUGCUGGCACGUCGCCCUGCAGCACAUACCCUUCCUUUUUCUCCACCCCGUCGGAGCUGGCAGGGCCUGAGUCUCUGCCCCCGUGGGCGUUGAGUGACACUGAUUCUCGCGUGUCUCCGGCCUCUCCAGCAGGUAGUCCUAGCGCAGACUUUGCGUCUCACGGAGAGUCUCUGGGAGACAGGCACCUAUGGACGCUGCAGAUAAGUUAUGAAGCACUGAAAGAUGAAAAUUCUAAGCUGAGAAGAAAGCUGAAUGAGGUUCAGAGCUUCUCUGAAGCUCAAACAGAAAUGGUGAGGACACUUGAGCGGAAAUUAGAAGCAAAAAUGAUCAAGGAGGAAAGCGACUACCAGGACUUGGAGUCGGUGGUUCAGCAGGUGGAGCACAACCUGGAGCUGAUGACCAAACGGGCUGUAAAGGCAGAAAAUCACGUCGUGAAACUGAAACAGGAAAUCAGUUUGCUCCAGGCGCAGGUCUCCAACUUCCAGCGAGAGAAUGAAGCCCUGCGGUGCGGCCAGGGCGCCAGCCUGACCGUGGUGAAGCAGAACGCCGACGUGGCCUUGCAGAGCCUCCGGGUGGUCAUGAAUAGCGCACGGGCUUCCAUUCAGCAACUGGUUUCCGGAGCUGAGACACUGAAUCUUGUUGCUGAACUCCUUAAAUCUAUAGACAGAAUUUCUGAAAUUAAAGAUGAGGAGGAAGACUCUUGAGGACCCCUGGGUGUUCUCAGCAUGAAGCUCCGUGUAUGCCCUGAGGUCGCCACCGCUUGAUCUAAAUGUGCAGUUGUGUCCUUAAAUAUGCAGUCUUCACCCAGAGUAAAGCGUUUAUCGCAAGAGUCUAGUGUCGUGCCCUCAGCCAGUUCUUGGCCACCGCAAUGGGAGCAGCCCUGGCCGAGUUGUCUCUGGUUUCUGUGCAGCCCUCCUUGGCGAAAUUCCUGCGAUUUUAUAGAUUCUAAUGCGCUCUUGGAAGACAUUGUCAUAAAAGCCAGCGAUUUUAAGAAAAAGAGCGGUUCUGGAAUCAGUGUUUUCCAAUCCCAUCCCAGAACAUCAGUUGUAAGAUAAGUACAAUUGAUUGUCCUUGAUUUCGUAAGUAGAACAAACACUAAAUGUGCCUCUGAGAUGGCCACCCUGGGCAGGGACCUGUGCCUUCCGCCAACACUCAGGGCUCCCUCUGGCUUCCAGGUCACUUGUGGCUCCAGCGGGCGGUCCCUGCAGUCAUGGCCUGAGUGCGCAGGGGCCACCGCGUGGCUGCUGUCCUCCCCCAGGACCCACGGGGACCAAGGUCACACAUUCCGUGCUGUGAAGCUGUCCAGAUGUGCCUCUUUGGGAGUUCUGGUGGAUGUUUAAAGUGGCAUUUUGUACAAUGCAGUUUAGAAUUCAGGAAUUUCAAGUAUGUGCCCGGGUCUGUGAGGUCCCAGCUGCCUUUCUGACGGCCUCCCACAGAGGGACGGUGACGAGCACUAAAUGCUUUUUUCACUAUUUUCCUAUAGAUUUUUUUUAAACCUUUUUUUUCUCCUGUUCCAAUUGAUAGCUUCCUUAUUUAAUAAAUUCUGUAGUUCACCGCA